UCCACCAGGCACAGCGCUUGGGUGGCAUCUCCGGCCGGCGAAUGGUGGGCGCCGCUCUGGAGGUCACGGAGUCAGGCGUCGGGGGCACGCGGUUGGGCGCUGGCAGGCGCCGGGAGGGGGUGCCCCCUGCCCUCGGCUCCUCCCCCGGGGCCGACGCGCCCCGCCCCGCCCUGCGCGGGAGGGCACCGGGGGCGGGACCCGCGGGGAGGCGCGCCGACCGGCCGGGCCAGGUGCAGCGCCCGCGUGUCUGAGGGCCGCCGCGGCCCCGGAGGAGUGUCCCGGUGUCCGGCCGGCCCCUGCCGCGCCCCUGCGCCCCUCGCCGGCCGCCGCCGACCCUCGGAAGCCAGGGAAGCAGCCCUGGCACCGGCUGGCCACACGCACCCCGGGCCAUGUCAGAACUCUGAGCCGGCGACAGGGAGCAGCUGUCCACCACUGGCCAUCCCAACCCAGCUUCGAGAUGCUGAGCCUGAAGCUGCCCCAGCUGUUUAGCAUCGACCAGGUGCCCCAGGUGUUCCAUGAGCAGGGUAUCCUCUUCGGCUACCGACACCCACAGAGCUCCGCCACUGCCUGUGUCCUCAGUCUUUUCCAAAUGACCAAUGAGACCCUCAACAUCUGGACGCACUUGCUGCCCUUCUGGUUCUUCGUGUGGAGGUUUGUGACCGCCUUGUAUAUAACAGACAUCCAGAAUGACAGCUACUCCUGGCCUCUGUUUGUGUACAUGGGCACCAGCUGCGUGUACCCCCUUGUGUCCAGCUGUGCACACACCUUCAGCUCCAUGUCCAAGAAUGCCCGGCACAUCUGUUACUUCCUGGACUACGGGGCCGUCAACCUCUUCAGCCUGGGCUCAGCCAUUGCGUACUCGGCCUACUCCCUCCCGGAUGUGAUGGUGUGCACCACCUUCCAUGACUACUACGUGCCCCUGGCCGUGAUGAACACCAUCCUUAGCACCGGCCUCUCCUGCUACUCCAGGUUUCUUGAAAUCCAGAAGCCUGGGCUCUGUAAGAUGCUUCGCAUCCUUGCUUUUGCUUAUCCCUACACCUGGGACUCCCUCCCCAUCUUCUACAGGCUGUUCCUGCUGCCUGGGGAGGGUGUGCAGAAUGAAGCCAUCUUGAACCACCAGAAGCACAUGGCCAUGACCCUCCUGGCCUCUUUCUUCUACUCCGCACACCUGCCAGAGCGCCUGGCACCCGGUCGCUUCGACUACAUCGGUCACAGUCACCAGCUGUUCCAUGUGUGUGUGAUCCUGGCCACUCACAUGCAGAUGGAAGCCAUACUUCUGGACAAGACUCUGAGGAAGGAAUGGCUCCUGGCACAUGCCAGGCCCCUGUCUUUCCCUCAGAUAGCUGGAGCCAUCCUUCUGUGCCUCGUCUUCAGCCUCAGCAACAUAGUUUAUUUCUCAGCUGCUCUGUAUCGGAUUCCCGAGCCAGAAUUACAUAAAAAAGAAACAUGAUUCAGACCGUAA